AGACCGUGCAGAUUAUUCCCUGGCAGGUGAAUAACGCAAAGUGGUCGGAACCGGCAUAUAUGCCGGAAGCGGACUACGGUGCACUGGAACGGACGGUUUUCGUGGGUGGAAUCCAUGGACAGAUCACGGCCGGUUCCCUUGCCCGCAUCAUGGGUCAGACGUUUGGUCCCAUGGAAGCUGUGGAGCUUGACACUGAUAAAUUUCGAUACCCCACUGGAUCGGGGCGAGCGGUCUUCCGGGAUUUGCGAUGUUACAUGACGGCGGUGCUGUUCGGAGCGAUGGAACUGCGCACCGACCGCUUCGCAAAGAUCAUCCAGAUUGAUCCCUUUCUCCACGACAGCGAAUGCAGCGUGUGCUACCGCAAAAGCGGUCCACUGUUCUGCCGCGACCUGGCUUGUUGUCGAUAUUUUUGCCAGGAAUGCUGGGAGUGGGAACACUCCGUGGUUGAACUGCUGAAAGGUCACCAACCGAUGAUGCGACUGACAUCACGUGCCGUUGGCAAGAUCGGUGACCAGGAAAAGCCAACGCUGCAGCAGCUAUGCGGGGGAACGGUGUGAGCUUCCGCUGCUAGUAGAAUCCGUGACAACGCCGUUAUCCCUCCUGUUUUAUGCUUUUAUAUUUUUUAAUGUCCUCUUGUCUUACUUGCCUCAAGCCGUAUUUUAUUUGCACGUGGUGAAGUGGUUUUUAAUGGUUCACCUGUCUGCCUGAAGUGAACCAUGCUAUUCGGUCGUGCAAUGUUCAUAUCGAGAUGUGCGAUUUUGCCGGCGUUGUGUCUGGUUAUUCCCUUUUCAUCGCAUCCGGCUUCUGUUUUUUUUUACUUCAUCUGCUUCGGUUAUCUGAGUACUUUUAGAUUUUUAAA